CCUCAUCGGCCCGCUCGAUGUCGUCAUUCACUUUCCCCAUUUGUACCAUUUUGAGCUUCCUGCUUCAUUUCCAUAUCUCUCGUCUCAUCGCACCCACCAAUAUCUAUAUAUAUAAGUAUAAUAUAAUCACUGGCCGCAGAGAUCUCCCCGUGAACAAUUCACAAACAGAUCAAAUGGCGAAGCAGCUGGAUCUCCUCCCUCAUGACUGUAUUUCUCACAUUCUAUCAUUUGGGUCUCCUCCCGACGCCUGCCGCUCCGCCGCCGUUUCCUCCGCCAUCCGCUCCGCCGCCGACUCCGACGCCGUCUGGGAGCGCUUCCUCCCCGCAGACUACCCCACCAUCCUGUCCAGGCUGGUGCUUCCCCCGCCGUCCUCCUCCAAGAAGCACCUCUUCCUCGCCCUCUGCAAUCCUCUGCUCAUCGAUGACGGCACCAAGAGCUUUUCAUUGGAGAGAGCAACGAGGAAGAUAUGCUACAGGCUAAGUGCGAGGGAGCUGGCAAUUACGUGGGCGGCCAACCCUCUCUAUUGGGCCUGGAAAUGUCACUUUCACUCCAGAUUUGCAGAAGUUGCAGAGCUUCGAACAGUUUGGUGGCUAGAAAUUAUUGGCAAAAUAAACACUCGAAUGCUAUCCCCAAACACAAAAUAUGGAGCCUAUCUCAUAGUGCAAUUUGCUAAUCAUGCUUACGGCCUGGACUCCCUCCCUUCUGAAGUUUCGCUUCAAGUUGGAAACUACAAAUCACAAGGAACCAUCUACCUUCGUCCCCAAAAAUGCAAGAAACACUCCUUAGAGCAGGUUUACUAUUCUAAUCGGAUCGGAGUGCUCCGAUCUAGGGUUUCGACAAGUGGGGAAGAGCGGAGUCCCAAGGACCGGGAAGACGGAUGGGUGGAGAUCGAAUUGGGCGAGUUCUACAACGGUGGAGAAAGAGAUGAAGAGGUGAAUAUGAGCCUCAAGGAAAUAAAGGGCGUGCAUUUGAAAGGAGGGCUUGUUGUCGAGGGAAUUGAGAUUAGGCCUAAAGAAUGAAAGAGGAUUGGAUUGAUCUUGUUUUCAUUGUUUUCCUGGAUUUCUUUUAAGCAUGUUGAAGCAUUGUUCGAUGAAUUUGGCAUAAGGCCUAAAUUGUCUGGUUAAAUUAAAUUUUAUUAUUUUUAUAUA